CAAAUUGAGGUUACUUCAUCAAAGAAAUGUUUACGUUCAAUCUCUUUCUGAUCGAUAUUACAAUUUUAGUUAUCUGUUAAGAUGUUCAAGAAACUGAAGGAAAAAGUUAUAGACUCCCAGACGUCGCAAAGAUUCCAGCAAAUCACCCAGUCAGUGAGCGAUAAGUUCCAAAACUUGGAGAAAGACGAGAACUUUUUCUCACUGACAGAAGAUGACAACGCGUUAAAUUCAUCGACUUCAAUGUCUCUGGAACCCGGAUUCUCGAACAUUUCGCUGACAUCCACCCCUCAAGAAAACAUGAACAGGCAACGUAAAACUUCAGUAUCUUCGAUGACCAGCGAUGCCUCUUUUCUACCAAGAUACGACUCAGUCAGCAGCGUUUAUCAUCUUCAGUCUGAUUUGGACGUAUCUGCCAGCGAAUUGGAAGAUAACGUAUCCACGGCAUCUUCACAAAUUGGGCAUCUAUCUAAGGAACAAAUUUACUCAGCGUUUCAGAAGUCACAGAUGAGGUACCAUAAAUAUAGAGGGAGAUUUACAGAUUUAUCGAAUCACUACAAAAAUUUAGAAAGAGAAUUCAAUAAACUAAAGACUGAAUUGGAAAAAAACCAAGAGAGAUCCUUCAGAAGGGUUAAAGAACUGAAGGAACAAUGUGAAUUAGAACAGAAGGCAAAGGCACAUCUAGAGGGGAGUUUGAGGGUUGAUUUGGAUGAAAAAGAAUAUCUCAUCAAUACCCUCAAGGAGAAAAUAAAUAUUUUACAGAGUAAUCCUAACAUGAACGUAGAUGUUGAUCAGUUGACCAAAACUCUUAAUGAUACCAAACAAGAAAACGAAAAUUUGAACACGAUGAAUCAAGAAAUUAAAGCUAAACUGAUAAUAUUACAGAGCAAGGAAGAGGAAUAUAAGGAAAAAAUAAGAAAGUACGCAGAAGACAUGGAUAAGUUGAAGGAAGAAGAGAAAGAGAAUAAUCUUAAACUCGCCGAGAGUAAGAUGAUGAUUCACAAUGAAUUACUCACUAAAGAUAAAGAAAUUGUUACUCUACAAACGGAAAAUGAAAAUUUGAAAAAGGCUUUGGAAGCUGAAUCCAAAAAUAACGUUAGUACAAAACUGGAGCAACUGCAGGGACAGAAUAAAAACCUCAUAGAGAAGAUUGAAGUGUUAUCUCAGAAAUGUCAAGGUUUGAAUAACGAAGUACUUAAAAUAGAGCAGUAUAAAGUUGAAGUUCAAAACUUGAAAGUGAAGAUAAGCGAAGAAAAAUCCGCUCACGAUCAAGAGAUAAUCCGUUUGACCGAAGAAAAUACCCAGUUGAAAGAAAAAUUCUUGAAGGAAAAACAGGAAAAGGAAGAAAUAAUCGACAACUUGGAAAAAAUGUUGUUCAAUAGUAAGGAAAAAUACGAAGCCGAAAUCGACAGUUUAAACAAGAAAAUUCAAGAGUCCUCGGACGAAUUAGAAAACACGAAGAAAAGCUAUGAAGAUCAGAUCGAAAAACUUCGAGGAGACAUGAAACUGGGGCUCAUAUCUCUGCAGGAAAAAAUGAGGAAGAAAUUCGAGGAAGAUUUCGAGGCGAAAGAGGAAAAAAUGAGACAAGAGCUCAUGGAACAAUUUCAAACGUCUGGAGAUGUUGAAACGAUGCGGAAUAAAAUAGAAACGUUGGAGAAAGAACGAAAUAACACGAUGCAUGAAAUGGAUGCCCUGAAGGAAGAAUUUGAAAAAUUGUCGGAAUAUAGCAACAACGAUAAAAAAAUAAUAGAAGAAUUUAAACGUAAUCUUGGAAAUGUAGAGAAAGUAGUUGAAGAAUACAAGGUGAAGGAGAAAAAAUUGCAGGAUGACUGUGAAGUGUUAAUUAGUGAAAAAACUGAAUUAGAAAAUGUUCUAGAUAGUGUAAGAGAAGAGUUAAAAGAAGUUAAAACUAAGUUAGAAGAUGCAGAAGGUGUUGUUAAGAAACACGAAGAAUUGGUUGUGGAGUAUGAUAAGGUGAAAAUAGAAUAUGAAAAUUUAUUGAAACAAAAUGAAAAAAUACAGGACGAAGAAACUGUGGAUAACUUAGAAGAACAAUAUUUUAGUGUAAGACGAGAAAAGGAGAAUUUGGAGAAAAAUUGUAGGGAACUUGAGGAAAAAAUUAAAAUUUUAGAAAUGAAAUUGGAAAGCGAAGAAUGUUGCAGGGAAGAAUGCAAGAUGUUGAGUUUCAAAUUGAAGGAAUUGCAGAGGGAAAACGAGUCGUUAUCGCAGAAAAAUCACGAUAAUAUCGAUAAAAACUCCAGAUUAGAAAAGACAAUUUCUGAAAUGGCUGAAAAACUGAAAGAGAUGGAUGAACAACUACGAGGAAAAUCAGAAGAAUUAAGAGAUAUCAAAUCACUUUUCCAGAAUCUGAAAACAAAUUCUUCCGAAGAAAUAAAAGAAUUGAAUAGUGCGGUUGAAAAAUUAACACAAACAGAAACCGAUGCAAGACAACGAUUGGCUGAAAAAGAAAAAAGUUUAGAAGAACUAACGAAAGAAAUAGAGGUUAAAAUACAGUACAUAAAAAAUCUAGAAGAAAAUUAUAAGCUUCUAGAUAAGAACGAGAAAGAUUUGAAGAAAGAAAUAGAAAAGCACAAAACCGAAGCCGAAAUGAAAUCUAAAAACGUUGUCAAGCUUGAAAAGGAAUACGAAGAAAUGCAAAAAUUGUAUUCCACGGAAAAGAAGGACAUAAUGAAGCAGCUAACGAAUUUGAAACAGGUUGAAAAAAAUUAUUACAGCUUGUUGGACGAAAAUGAAAAUUUGAAAGAGCAAAUAUCGGAAAUUGCCAUUUUACAAGAAAAACUGAAGAGUUUGAGCGACGCAGAGUCAGAAAAAGCGUCAUUGACUGAGAACAUCGUGGAAAUGGAGAAAAAUAUGAAGAGUUUAGAGAAAAUUAACUCGGAAGUUACAGCAAAAGUUGAAAAAUUAGAGGAGAGUAAUAGUAGUUUACAAAGUGAUAAAAAUAAAUUAUCGGAGGAGGUUGCUAGUCUGAAAACAGUACAAGAAGAAAAAAAGGCUGUAGAAAAAGAAUUGGAGGACGUUAAGAAUACGUUGAAGGUUACCGAAAACAAAUACGAGGAAACAAGAAAAGAAUAUGAAACUUUAAAAAAUAUAACGGAAGAAGAGAAAAAAGAAUUACGUGGUAAAUAUGAAAAUUUAGACUCAAAAUACGAAAAACUAACAACCGGGAAGAACGAGAUGGCUCAAACUGUUGAAGAAAAUUUCAAAAGAAUUCAACAAGAAUUCGAAACUCUCAAAAGUAAAUCGGAAACCGAGAAAGAAGAACUGAGUAAAAAAUACGUCAGUAUGGAGGGUAAAUACAAGGAGGUUUGCUGUGAGAGGAAUGAGCUACUUCAAAAAGUGACAUUGUUGGAACAAGAAAAAUUGGAACUCGAGGGUAAAUUGAAGGAAAGUUUACAAGAAAUCGAUAAUAACAUCAAAAUCAAAGAAAAUGUGGUAGCGGAGAAGAAUGAAUUGAAAUCUAAACUUCUCGAGAUCGAAACUUCCAAAAAAGAACUCGAAGGUUUGAUCGAAAUAAACACUAAAGAAAAAAAGGAGAUAAUAGAGGAAAUUUCCAAACUGAAGGGAACAAUCAAUAUAAUUAACAGGGAAAAACAGAGUCUGCAAGAAUCUUACGCUAAGAUGAACAACGUUGAGAUGAAAUAUAAACAGUUACAAGCGGAAUUUGAAGAAUUAAACAAUAACACAAGUAGAUUAAAGGGCGAAAAUGAAAUUUUGAAGCAAAAUAAUAAACAAAUUAGUUCAGAUUAUAAGAAUGUUGUGGAAGAAAAUCAUAAACUUGUAGCUGAAUUGGAAGAAUUAAAAUUGAAUCUUGAGAAUUAUAGCGUGGUUAAAGUUAAAUUAGAAGAGGAGGAAAUCAAGCUGAACAACGAGAAAGAAGAAUUGAGGGGUAAACUAGAGAAAGCCACAGAGGAUCUUGAGAAUCUUAGGAAAGAGAAUUAUGAUCUUCGGGAAAACAAAAUCAGUAAGGCAAACAACGAGGUCGAAUUGUUGGACGUGCAACAGAGUUAUUACGAGAUGAAAACCAAACACGACGAGUUGUGCAUCGAAAACAAGAAACUGAAGGUUGAAAUCGAAGAAUGCAGUAAAAAGAUCGAAAGUUUCAAGGAGGAACGAAGAAAAUACGAACACUCCAUAAACGAGCUGGAGAGACAUCAGAACGAGUUGAUGAACGAGAAGCAGCUCCUCAGGGAGGAGAUCGAGGAACUCAAAAUAUCCCCCCUGAAUUUGACCGGUGCCAAAACUCAAAACUCCAACAAUCUGAACUUUCUCAAAAGCAACAACUUUUUGGACAACCGGCUGGAGAUGGAGGAGAUAGCGGAGAAAGUGACCCAGUUGAAGUCGUUGGACAUAACCAACAAGGCCACCAUCGAAUUUUACGAGAACGAGGUGCGGAAGUUGAGGAGCAACAACGAGAAGUUGAACAGGAGGUUGGACGAGACCCUGGUUACCCUGAAUCACUGUAACGAACUUUCCCAGUCUACGGAGUUGGAGUAUUUGAAGAACGUCCUGUAUAAUUAUAUGUUAGGGAAGGAGGGGAUGGUCCUGGCCAAGGUUAUAGCUACCGUUUGUAAGUUUGACGAUGAGCAGACUGAGGAGGUGCUGAAGAAGGAGCAGCAGAAGCAGACUUUGCUGGCCAAACUGGGUUUACUCUAACCAAAUUCGAUAGCAGCGCCCUCUGCUUUCAUUAAGGACAAGGUGGCUUAGACAUAAGAGGCUUGCGAAGACGACUGCCAUACCCAAAAAAAUACCUCAUUUUGAUGCAGAGAAAUAUCGAGGCUGAGACUUCUCGAUGGAUAAAUUCCCUUUAACAUUCCCCUAAAGUUUGGAUUUUAGAAAAAAAAUUGUGUUUAUCGUGAUUUGUGGUCGACAAACUGAAAGAAGCCUUACGUACGAUCAUGAUGUGGGAGAUUCGGGGAGAAUCUUCCUUGGGAAUCUGAUAUUUUGUAUUUUUUUACAAUAUCGCAAUAAUUGUUGAAAUGUAUAAGUAUUUAAUUUUUUUUGUUUUUCGUUUAUUCAAUUGUAUGAUAAUAAGUUUGUUGGUUAUUAUAUCUGACCUUUUUUAAUUCGGAAUAUUUAUUUCGUGAGUGUGUAGCUUAGGCGUUUUGUAUUAUAUCGUAAAAUUGUUGCACUUUCUACCUAAAUUGUUAUAAUAAAAUAAUUUUAACUUAUUAAUUUUCAA